AUGGCAACUGCCGCCACUGUUUCCUUGUCGCCAGACACGUCCGGUGUCCUCCAUGUACCUAAGUCACAGAUCGCACCAGAAUCAUGCUCAAGGGCAUCUGAGCUGUUACAGAAGAACCACGAUGACUAUCACAUGUACUUCAACAGUUCUGGCUUUCACAACCAUAUUGCCCACCACCUGCUCACCAUCUUCGCCCUCGGCGCUAAUGCUCAGCAACUCCAGAAAGCUUACAACGAUAACGCCAAUUAUCAACGUCCACAGUUUCCUGUGGACAAGGAUAAAGUUGAAUCUAUGUCUGAUCCCGCCGUUUUCGCAAAAUACCUAAACAAUGAGAAGUAUUUCCACGACUUCGAAAUAUACUUUCGCAAGGAGAUUGAGAAACGAAAUGGAUCGUGGCAGCAGAUGCUGAACGAUCAACUAUUUGCGGAUACUGAUCAGGCCAAAGAUCUGUUUGUGAGAAUGUUUGCUGGGUUCUACCAUCCUAUUAUCCACCUUGGCUUCGGUAUUGAGUUCGAACAGCCAGCGAUCAUCGUUGAAGCCUUGGCUCAAGCAUCUACACACGAUCGGUGGCCAGGCGAUUUCGUACAAAAGACAACAGAACUCGCCAACAAAAGGAAGCAGAAUGGAGAGAAGUCGCGAUCACUGUUUGACCUAUUACGAGAAGCUCGGAGCAACGACAAGAUUCGAGAGUCGCCGCACUGGGAGGACGGGAACAAAGUCCGUGACGGUGUUCUCAAGCGCGCAAUGUCUGAGACUGCAGACCUGUGCUCGCAGUGGCUUGUGCAGCCUACCAAGGAAGACCUGAGACUCAAAACAGCAGAAAUGACCAAUUUCUGUGCAUACUUCGCUAGUGCUGCACAGCAUCCAUCUCGACAGAAGCAGCUCAAAUUCGACUUCUUCUACAUGCACUGCAUAAACUGCUCGAUCUUCUACUCUGCAUUCAUCGACCCGAAACACGACAGCUGGCUCAAGGAUGAGGAUCGUGUGCGCUUGCUUCAAUUCAAAGGCUGGUCGGAUAUUAGCAUGUAUAUCUCCAGAGGUUCACCGGAGCUGCUCUUGGACGAAGUCACCAACUACAUGCCAAAACAGCCUGAAGACGGCUGGGCCGAGCUCUUUGAACGAGUCGACAUUCUCCCCGACGAUGGCCACGCUUCGAAGCUCGUCAGAGCGAUGGCGAAUGGACAAAGAAUCUGCGCCGAGUAUGAAGGCAACGAAGGCAAGGAUUGGCCGUUCAAGGGCGAUACGUGGUUGAAGGCGGCGCAUAUGGCGAUUGAUAGUGUGGAGGGUACGACGACGAAAUGGGUGAGGAAUGCGGGAUUUGAUCAGGCUUGGAAGGAUAUUCCUGAUAGAUCGGCGGAACCGAAUGCAAGUGCUUCGAGGGCUGCGGCACUUGAUCCAAAUGCUUCGAAGGGUGAGGUUGCGCAGGGGUAUCAUGAGAAUUGA